UCAAAAAUAAGUUGUCAUUCGUUCAUUUGAGGUUGAGGUUGUGUUUGAUUGUGUACAAAAUUAACUAAAGAUUUCGAGCAUUUUGUAACAGAAAAGAAAUAUUAUUUUACUUACUAAAUAAAACCAUAAAAAAAGAAUGGCGAACAUGCAGAAUAUUGCUUUUAUAUGCUUUGUUCUAUCAACGGUUACAAUACAAACAGUUAACUCUAUAAACUGUUAUCAGUGUUCAGGGACAGAUUCUGAUAAUCCCUUUGACUGUAAUGAAUUCUUAGAGGGGGAUACUGAUCUAGACCCGACAGACUGUGCCACUAUACAUAACGCUCAGUAUUGUAUUAAACAUGUAGGGAGAUAUGAAGGUGGUAUCAGUACAAAGAGAUUCUGUUCAUCUUUAGACUUGGGUAACUACUGCAAUUAUGUACAGCAAGUGGGCGAUAAAUUGGAAUACCGGACAUGUAUCUACACUUGUGGCUCCGAUGGGUGCAACGGAGCCAGUAGUAUGGGCACGCCUGUGACAGCCAUAAGUAUGGCCUUAUAUCUUUGCAAAUUUUUGGCCAUGUGAAUAUUAUUUGCUCUGAAUAUUCCAAAGUAACAAGAAUGAAUUUUAAUUUUACUAAAUGUAAUAUCAGAUUUAUUUUACAAGUAUGUACAUAGUUGAAGCGAUUUAUGUAGAGUAAUAUUGACAAAGUAGUACCUCUUAUUAUUGUACAUUCCAUGACUAAUAAUGCCGUCCUUAGUGUGUAGUUUUACAACUGAUUUAAAUUUAUGUAAUAAGUAAGAUUGUAUAGUACAGGUAUUUAUUUAAUCAUAGUAUUAAUUCUUUCAACAUUCUAGCUAUUUUUAAAAUAUCAUCUGUACAAAAUUUUUUUUAAUUUAUCCUGCAUUGGGAUGUAGUAGAGCCAAACAACUAUGGGCAGCCAACAUGUAAGAAUACAGUCGUUUUAUCUUUUUGUGUGUGUAAUGUGUGUAUAGAUGCGUAAUUUUAUAUAUUUUUACAUACAAUUUAUAAGCAGCAUCAUGUAGGAAUAAUUAUACAAUUUUAAAAAUGUAGGUACUUACCCCCUUUGAUGAGUGUAAUUGAAUAUCAAGUUGCUUCAAGUGCCUUCAGUCACAACACACAAUGUUUGAAACAAAUUUUCAUGUUUCCAGUGCAAUAAUUAAUAAUAAAUCUGGGAGUCUGGAACGUGUCAUAUAAUACCCGAAUACUUUAUUACUAUCUUUAUACAUUUAAACUUUAGAGCGCGUGGCGCUACCGGUUUUACGCAUUUCUCUACUACCCGACUUUUAUAUUUUUUGAAAAUUUUUAAACUCGUGUUGUUUUUAAUGUUUUGACGGUAGACAAACAAUGUCAGCGAUUAAUCCGAUAGAGAACGACCGCCG